CCAUUCCGUGUUAAAGCAGGUGGCGGGAUCUUUGGCAGCGCGCUUGGUUCACGAAGCCAUGAUGAUGGGGGGCUUUUCUUUCCACCUCGCCGCCUUUCAUAGCCGUAUUCGCGGAGCUUUCGGGUGCCCCGCGAUGACCAUUGUCUCGCAGCAUCGCAAACUCUUGCGCACCCCCUGGUGCUUAGCAGUCAGCCCGAGUUGGGCGCGCGCGCUGGCUCGCUGGCUCGCGGAUUGUCUUCUCGUCUCCGCGGUUCGCUCAUUAUUCAGACACAGACGGAUCUCAGGUCAUCUGCGGCUGCGGCGAAGGAGAAGCAGGGAAGAUGGCGAUCAUUCAGUAGACCAGGCGUACGCAUGAGACGCGCGGCAACUUUGGGCAGAAGGAGCAUUUUUCUCUGGACGAACCCUUUACCACCACCAGCCUGGUGACCUGAGGUAGCGAGGGGACAUUUCCGCCGAAGGCGCAUGUUGGAAGCCGAGCGUUUAAGUUUUCUGGGAGUCCUGACUGAUGGAGGUUUUACAGUGCGAUGGUUGUCAUUUCCGUGCUGAAUCCCAUGAUGACCUCAAGGCACACAUCCAGGAUGUUCACACAGCCUUCCUGCAACCUACAGCAGUUGGAGACAGAAGCCCAGAGCAGUCUGGGUCCAACUCACUUCGUUUGGGAGACCAAGGCGAGGACGACGAGCAAGCCGAGAGCCAUUCUUUGGACUUGGCACCUGGAUCUUUUACCAGUUCAACUCAAAUUACAUGCAACAACUUGCUGAACCAAUCCUCAAAGCCUACAAGUCAGUUUUUUCAGUGCAAAUUCUGUGUCCGUUACUUCAGAUCAAAAUCCCUCCUUAAUGAUCACACCAGGAAAGUACAUGCAUUUGUGGCAGGAUCUUCUGUCAAUGAUGGGAGUUUGUCAUCUGCUCAAACUUUCAAGAAAACUAGCUACAGCAUUGUCAGCCAUGAUGGUUUUGGGAAGGUAUUCUCAUGCCAGUACUGCACAUACAAAUCGCCACGACGGGCCCGUAUUCUGAAACACCAGAAGAUGUAUCACAAAUAUAGUCUUUUGGACUGUGCAGAAACAGGCACAGACUCUUCCUCUAUUGCAUUUUCUAACCAGGAACCAUGUGCAGAACUGCCUGAGGAGGUGGUACAGCGUAGUGUGUUGGAGUCUAUGGUCAAACCCCUUACUAAAUCUAGGGGGAAUUUCACCUGUGAAUGGUGUGGAUACCAGACUCUAAGACGAGAGCGCUGGUGUGACCACAUGAUGAAGAAACACCGCAAUAUGGUUAAGGUAAUUUCUUCACUUCAGCAGGAACAAGAAGGAGAUGGUAUUACGGAUUCUUAUAAAUCUGCCUCGCCUCCUUCACCGAGAAACAUAUCCAGUUCUCUCAUGACACCCAACCCCGUGAAUGGCAAUGACUGCUCUUCAGCUAACUCUUUUACCCUUGCAGAAUCCUCAGUAAGUUCGGUGGUUCGGCCACCUGCUGAGAAAAUGGAAAGUUUUUCUUGUGAAUAUUCACAAAUUAAAAAGACACCCAGCAACACAGGAGCCUCAAUUCUAUCUGACAGAUCAACAUUCCUGUCUGAUAUGUCAAAUUCAGGAGUGGACUUUGAGACAAGCAGUAUGAUAGAUGAUUCAAGAAGUAGCUCUGAGGGUGAGACAGAAGAAAUGGAUGAUGCCACUGAUGCAUUUCUUUUUUCAGGUGAAAAACAGCUACUAUCUGAGGAGGAUCACAAAAUGCUUGAAACAAAAGGAAUAUUGUUCAAGAGGCACAUGAACAGGUUCAAAUGCCCAUUUUGUCCUUUUUUGACUACGCAUCAUCAAAGCAUCUCUCGUCACAUUGAAAAUUUCCAUUGCUCUGGAAAGACAAGUGUUUACAAAUGUGGCAAAUGUCCUUUCAUAUGCACUAAUUCACUUAAACUAGAUGCUCAUAAGCAGAGUCAUGUGGGAACAUCCUCUGCAUGGGAGAACAUGGACAAAGGCCAGGCUAUUAAUGAUGAACCAAUGAAUGGAGGCAAUGUCACUUUUAAAAUGUCUAGUAAGAUAGCAGAGGUAACUGUUGAGGCUGACUCUCAAACUCUUCAUCACUGCUCAAUCUGCAGUUUCACUACCGCCACCUUGAAAGGACUGCGUGUUCAUCAACAACACAAGCAUUCUUUCUGUGACAGCAUGCAACCAGAUAGUGUUGAGAUUUCAUCCAAUGAGCUACACGAUUCAGAAUGUGAAACUUAUAGCCCUUCAAACUUUGUGCAGAAGACCCAAACUUCAAUUCUUGGCUAUUCAUCAAAAAAGCAUUUUGUCAAAACUGCAAGGAAGUCCAUUAAUGACACCCCUCUUGAUCUCUCGCCAGUCAAAAAGAGAACCAGAAUAGAUGAAAUUGCAAAGAAUCUACAGAGUAAAAUUAGCCAAAGUACACAGCAGGAGGAUUCAGUCAUUAAUGUUGAGGAAAUGGAUGAUGAUGAGGAGAAUGUUGUGUUUGAAAUUGAGGACAGAGAAGACUCUCAGGAGAGGCAACAUACGAAAAAGCGCAGGUUCUAUCGGCAGCACUCCAUGUACCCAAGAAAAAUGGAGGAUAAUCAGGAAGAGGAAGUUGUGGGAAGACAAAAGCCCUCUAUUCGGCAGAAACCGAAUUCUAAUGACAGGCUGCUCCCUUUCACACUCUCAGAUGAAGACAAUGAAAAUGAACAUGCAGUGUCUGUGGGGACCGAAAGCCUACUUGAUCAAACAGAUCAAGACAGCGGAGAGGCCUUCCAGAAUAGUGCUGUUUACAGUGUUGACCCUGAGACACUGUUUUACUGCAAACACUGUGAUUACCAUAAUAAGUCUGCUCGUAGUGUCAGUACUCAUUAUCAGAGAAUGCAUCCUUAUAUUAAAUUUAAUUUCAGAUACAUAUUAGACCCAGAAGAUCAGAGUGCUGUCUUCCGGUGCCUGGAGUGCUAUGUGGAGUAUACAACGUUUGAUGACCUUAAUCAGCACUACUCAGAGCAUCACCCUGAAGCCAUCAACGUGUUGAAUUUUAACCAACCUGAUUUGGUGUACAAGUGUCGAUUUUGCUUUUACACGAGUCCAAAUGUACGAAGUUUGAUGCCACAUUACCAAAGAAUGCAUCCGACUGUGAAAAUAAAUAAUGCCAUGAUAUUUUCUAGUUAUGUAAUAGAACCACGUUGCAAAGAGUCUGCUGAAUCCCAGACGCUGAGAGAAAUUUUAAACUCUGGUCCCAAGAGCUUCACUAAUUCCUCAGCUGGAUCAAAAUCAUCUGCAUGUUUCAGCCCUGGCAAAAAAAAUGUGAGAACCCAGGACUACUGCACAGAGACAGAUUUUAUGAAAGAAACUACUGUUAACAACAUAGUGGUCUAUGACUGUGAUAUCUGUUCCUUUGCUAGUCCAAACAUGCACUCUGUCCUGGUCCACUACCAGAAAAAGCAUCCAGAGCAGAAAGCAUCAUACUUUCGCAUCCAGAAGACUAUGAGAGUUGUGUCUGUUGAUAGAUCUUAUGCUUCAAAUAGUGCUACUCCUGAUUUGACCACACCUAGCCCUCUGAACACAUCCACUGCCUUUCAUAUGGGAAGGGAUGAAGACCUUUUUUACUGCAAGCAUUGUGUGUAUAGCAACCGGUCUGUUGUAGGUGUGCUUGUCCAUUAUCAAAAGAGACAUCCAGAAAUAAAGGUUAAUGCUAAAUAUAUCAAGCAAGCUGCUCCUACCCCUGGCUUAAUGAAGUUAAUGGAAGAAUUACAGAUAGUGCCUCCAAGACAGUUCUUGAGACCAUUCAGCAGCAAUGGGACAGCCUUGUCUUGUGCUUCCCAACCCAGAACCAGUAGUGAAAAAGGAGAGGUAGAAAUGUUUUUCUGCCAGCAUUGUGACUAUGGAAAUCGAACAGUCAAGGGAGUGCUGAUUCAUUAUCAGAAGAAACACAGAGAUGUGAGGACAAAUGCUGAUUCCGUCCGCAGGCACACUGCUGCAGUCCGCUGUCAGCGAGAAAGGGCUCAGUCUAGCAAAAUAUCCAGUCCUGCUUCCACAACCAAUACAGAGACAACUAGGCCACUUCGGGCCUUGAAAUGCAGACACUGUUCUUACACAUCACCGUAUGUGUAUGCUUUGAAGAAGCACUUGAAGAAAGAGCAUCCCACAGUUAAGGCUACAGCCAUGACUAUUUUACGUUGGGCUUAUCAAGAUGGUAUCUUAGAGGCUGGGUAUCACUGUGAGUGGUGCAUUUAUUCCCAUGCUGAACCAAAUGGGCUACUCAUGCAUUACCAAAGGCGUCACCCUGAGCACAAUGUUGACUACACACACAUGGCCACCAAGUUAUGGGCAGGGCCUGACUCAUCAAGUUCACAGCCAGGCGUAAAUUCUGACUUGAAGCACUACCGAUGCAGGGAUUGUGCUUUUGAGGCUUGUUCUAUCUGGGAUAUCACCAAUCAUUACCAGGUGGUUCAUCCUUGGGCUAUAAAAGGUGAUGAAUCAGUGCUGUUGGAUAUUAUAAAAGGUAACCCGCCGUUAGAAAAGACACAGUUGCAGCUGAAUGAUGUCCAUGUUCCGAUCUCUGGACGGGUUCUCGAUCAUUCUCGUGAGCAUGGUCAGGAAGCUUCUGAUAGCAGGGGACCAGCUCAUCUUUCUUUUGCCAGCACCUCCAUUUCAAACAACCCUUAUCGAUGCACUGUCUGUUUAUCAGAAUACAACAGCCUUCAUGGUCUCUUGACUCACUAUGGCAAAAAACAUCCUGGCAUGAAAGUGAAGGCAGCUGAUUUUGCACAAGAAACUGAUAUCAACCCAAGUUCUGUUUACAAGUGUCGGCACUGUCCGUACAUAAAUUCGCGUAUUCAUGGCGUCCUGACUCAUUACCAGAAGAGACAUCCUCAUGUUAAAGUUACCGCUGAGGAUUUUGCAGAUGACAUUGAAGAAAUGGUGGACAUUAAUGAAGGGGACGAGAAAUACAAAUCACAGAGGCAGGGCUACGGUGCCUAUAGGUGCAAAAUGUGCUCAUAUUCUCAUGGGACGUUAGAAAAACUCAAGGUUCACUAUGAGAAGUAUCACAAUCAGCCAGCUUCAGACAUGUUUCAGCAUUCCCUUGAGUCUGGUAGCCUGGAGGAGGUACAAGUUGAAGGCAGCUCUGCAGAUAUAGAGGAGGGUAGCGACUUAGACCCUACUUUCUCUCAGUACGAAAUCAGGAAAGAUGAAAAACACUCGUUAUUCAGAUGUCAGCUUUGCCGGUACUUCUGCUCCACAAGGAAAGGCAUAGCGCGCCACUAUCGCGUAAAACACAACAAUGUAAGAGCGCAGCCUGAAGGUAUGAAUAAUGUGUUUAAGUGUUCCCUCUGUUCAUAUACAAACCCCAUUCGUAAAGGCCUGGCAGCUCAUUAUCAAAAGCGACAUGACAUUGAUGCAUACUACACUCACUGCUUGGCAGCAUCCAAGACCUUCAGUGACAAGCCCAACAAAGUGGUGGUACCCAUGACCUGUUCAAAUGAAGGUUCUUUGUUGAGCGAAGAGCUAAGGCUGGCAGUUGAGAGGAGGAAAUGCUCUCUGUGUUCUUUCCAGGCCUUCAGCAGAAAGAGUAUUGUCUCCCAUUAUAUUAAGCGUCAUCCUGGAGUGUUUCCCAAGAAGCAGCAUUCCAGCAAGCUUGGGCGCUACUUCACUGUGGUCUAUGCCAAGGAGUCUGACAACAUCUCUGAAGCAGUAGAUGAGCAUAUGGAGGAGCCCUCUUUGGUAGAGCAGAAGGAUGAUUUAAAGUGGCUGCCAUUUAAAUGCAGCAAAUGUUUCAAGCUGUCCUUCAACACGGCUGAGCUACUCUGCAUGCACUACACUGACCACCACAGCAAGGACCUCAAACGAGACUUUUCUACACUUACGGGCAUUGCAGGAGACAGCAGUGAAUGCUACCAGUGUACCCGCUGUGACCUCAAGUUCCUGGGCCUGCAAGAACUCAGUGCUCACUUAACUAAUCACAACGAGGAUUUCCAGAAGAAGGCAGAGCGUCAGGAGAGGAGGAAACAGCUUGGCAAGCACAAGGGGACUGAACAACUAAAUAGCAAACCAGAAAAGCUUGAAAACCAUACCACCAAGGCACCAGUAGGAUACAGGUGCAACUUCUGCGUCGAAGUCCACCCAACCCUCAGGGCCAUCUGUAACCAUCUAAGAAAACAUGUCCAGUAUGGAGAAGCAAAGGCAGGGCAUGUGAAGCAAGAAGUGACGGAAACUCCAGUGUCCAUCCCUGACAAGGCAGAGGCCAGUGUGGAGGUGGCAGAGGUGGAGUCUGUGGCUCUGGUGCCAAGCCCAGUGACAACUGAGGCAACCUCGGCCACCACAGCGGUAGCGACAGAACCAGAGCAAGGAUCCAAGGAAGGAGGGGCGGCGAAGCAGAGGUCUGCAGGGGGACACCCAUGCCGCCAUUGCGACCGCGUGUUAAUGUCCAUGCAGGGCCUGCGUUCGCAUGAGAGGAGUCACUCUGCCAUGGCAGUGGCUCUGAGCAGACGUGAGGACAAAUACAGCUGCCAGUACUGCCACUUCAUCUCACCCUUCAGGCAUAACCUGUAUCGACACAUUCAGUCUAACCAUGGGCAACACAAGCUGCUUCGCUGUAAAUCCACCUACCUGAGCCGUCUCAAGAGUCACUUAAAUAAAGCCCACGCAGGUGAGAACACCUACAGGUGCUUGUCCUGCCUUCACUCCUUCACGACAAUCAGCCGGCUGAAGGAGCACUGCCAGGAGGCCCAUGGGGAGACCCUCACUCUCCCCAAGCUCCGUGCUGCUGCUCACACCACUCUCCGUCCACAUCACACUGCCACAGUGGACGAGAAGCCCCUAAUCAACCUGGAACCAGACAGAACUGCACACGCGGAGCUUCUGGACAACCAUCAGCAUCUCAGCGAGUACCAGCAAGAGACCCAUAGCCAGGGGUCGGACAGCCCUAUUGUUCCAACUGAUGGCCUGCUUGUCUGUGAGCUUUGUGAGUUCAGCUCGGACUACAUGGAAAAACUGUGCAGGCAUUACCAUGACCACCACAGUGACAAAAAGCUACACAAGUGCAAGGACUGCUCCUUCUUCACCUCCUACAAGUCCACAUUCUUGGUGCAUAUGAAGGCAGGCCACUCAGUUUCCACGGAAGAAGGCCACAAGGACCUGCGAUGCCCCUUGUGCUUGUACCGCAGCAAGGUCAAGAGUAGCAUGAUUGACCAUAUCGUCUUGCACCGCGAGGAGCGGAUGGUACCACUGGAGGUGUGCCGGUCCAAACUGUCUCGCCACCUGCAGGGCGUUGUCUUCCGCUGUCACAAGUGCACCUUCACCUGCUCUAGCGAUGAGAGUCUGAAGCAGCACCUGCAGAAACACAGUGAACUGAAGCCCUAUAAAUGCCAGCUGUGCUUCUAUGACAGCAGAGAGUACGAGGAACUGGAGGCCCACCUGCGGGAUGAGCACAAGGUGAUCUGCAAUUUUGAGCUGGCAGGCCAAGUAAACCUAGACCAGCUGGAGGCCAUGAAAGGAAAACUGGGCAGCUCCAGCAGCACAGAGGAAGAGGAAGAGCCUCAUGAGGAGGCAGAAGGGAACCAGGAAGUGGAGGAGGAAAAGGAGUCAGAACCAAAUGACACCCCCAGCUCCCCUGGCAGUGCAGCCUCAACUUGUGGUGAGCGACGAUUCCCAUGCCAGUUCUGUGGCCGUGUCUUCACUGACAGCACUGAGUGGGAGCGCCACGUCCUUCGGCAUGGCAUGGUUAUAACCAGCAGCAGGACCAAAGUAAGUCAUGCUCCAGCAAUACAGGCUUCCAGCCAGUCUAAGGCGGUCUCCCCGGUUGCCAAGUCAGACGGACAUUACCCUGGAGACAGCAUGGAAGUGGAGUGUGACCCUCCUUCAGACCAGACAAAGAGCCAAACCGAAAACAUGGAGGAAGAAAAAAUGCAGAAGAGCAAAAACUGUCCCUGAACAGGAGCUAGAGGACCAGAUCUCCAGCAAAAAUGUGGGAGAUGCUGUGAGUGGGAGUGGGGCUGACAGAGCUGCUUUAAACUAAUUCCAUAAUGAAAAUAUUCACAUGCAGUCUAACCCACAGGUUUCAGAAAAUAUAUUUUGAAGUCUUAUGCAUUGGAAAUUACAGGUUGUAUUCAUCCUACUUUUCUUGGUCACCCUGAACCAUACAUGUUUUUCCCCCUUUUUAAAGUGCUAGACCCUAAAAGAAAACACUGUCUUCAAGGACAAACACUAAUGUAUUGGUAUUUGGUUUGGACAAUAUGUGGUAAUGUACUGCAGGUCAGAUGCAAUCUUCAGACCAUUUGUGGAGUUCAGGCCAACAUAGACGUCUGUGUAUUUGUAAUUUUUGUAGUUCUGUUGCUAAGCCCUGUCUUAUCGGAGCGUAUUGAUAAUUGAUACUGUCUCUUUUCCAAAUUCACCAAAAAGUUGGAUGAAGUGUUAUUUAUUUGUUUUGGAUAGCUGAUGGAAAAUUCACAAUUUGCCCGCUUUCAUCAUAGUGAGGCUGUAGUGGAAGCGUGUAGAAUGGUUCUGCGGUAUAUUUCCAAAUUAAGGAUCCAUCCACAGGGAAUGUUUUACCAUCCACUAACAAAGGUCCUGGGGGAUAUAUUGUUUCUACUUUUCUGUGCAUAUGGAUAUAUGUGCUGUUUUUUUUAGAUUUUUAAAAAUUUUUAUAUUAACUCCAAGAAAAAUUCAGUUUGGGGUCACUGGUUUAGAAGAGUGUCAUCCAUUGUAAAAUGAUUUCCCUGCUUGUUUAAUUCAAAGCUCUGCUACAGACAUACAGAGAACCCCCACAAAACUGAAACCUUUCCAAAAAAGGAUUCGAUAUGAGUUGACUGCCUUUGUGAGCUUUUGGUAGUGAUUAUAGAUUAUGUAUCUAAUCACACACUCUUAUUAUAAUGAACCAUUUCCAUACCACUUAAGAGUCAGUGCCCAAAAUCGAAAAGAACAAAGGACAUACAAUAAGCAAAUAAAAACAUCAAAUAAAGUAAGAAGCUGCUGACCUCAGGAUGUCCCUGCAACACUUCUGGAACUGGACUGUUUUGGGUGCGCGCGCACACAGACAAGAUCCUGGACAGCAAGCGUCAGACAUGCGCAAUUAUUUGAUGAAAAGUUUGUCUACUCCUUGCUGUGGCUACAUUGCUACUUCAGAUGUGGUAUAAGAGUGGGCUGGUAAAGAAGAAAUGUUUAAACCUUCUUUGUGUUUCAUUUGUUCAUACUUUGUUAUUCAGUUUUUGUCCUGAAGCUCCUGAGCCGUGUCAUUGUUUCUGAUUAGAUGAACAUUAUGACUUUAUGUUCAAAUUGCUGCUCAAAUACCCUAAAGCCUUAAAAGAAAUCAAUAACUGUUAUUUAGUAUUUUGGCACUUUAUUUUUUCAACACCAGUGAGAUCAGUAAGAAAAAAUGUAUUGUGGAAAUAAUUUAGAAGCCUGUUUCUGCUAUGAUUGUCCCUUCGCCAAGGCCCAGGCCUGUGCAGCUGGUGAGGGAUGGACCCAUUUAGACUUCAGCCCUGUUCAGAAAGCCUGGCUGCGUGUUGUCAGUUGGACAGUCUUGUCUGUGAGAGGAACUGUCUUUGUUUUCGUUGUCAAGAAACAGAAAGGGAUGCAUCUGCUCUAGGCUAUUUAUUGUCUGAAUACGUUACGAUUGUUUCUUUGUUACUUUUAGGAGGGGUGAAAAGAGAACUGUGGGGGCAGUUCCUACUUACUCAAACAUCCUCCACAUCCACCCCUCGUACUCCAGAAGGCAUACCUGCCUUUUAAAAAUAAAAAUGUAUUAGAAUGUGUUGAAGACGUAAGCUUUGAAAUGGCAGCUCCUUGCUGGUAGUUCCCUUGAUAAAACACACUGGAAACUUGUAUAUAUUUUUGUUUUUAUGUUUUGUUUUUGUCCUCUUAAGGUUGUUGGAGUUUCACUAUAGGUUGACUUAGCCCCUGCAUCUUGCCUUUUGUCCUGUGGGAUUUGGAUUCCUGAAGGCAGAUUGUAAUGUUGCCUAGAAUGGUUGUUUACACUUUUAUUCCAUUUAAUUCUGGAUACUUUGUAAAUACUGUAAUUUGUUUGUCUUUUUUAACUUGUUA